UUUAAUAAGUGAUUCAAAUAUUCAAGAAAAUCGGUCAAGUCAAGCCAGUAGGUUCAAUACUGCUGCAUAAUAAAUCACUUAUUACUGCAUCGUAUGAUAAGGUACAUGCAUUUCAAUGGCAAAUAUAAAGCUAGCCAUCAGUGUUAUUCUCGUUUGCUUCGUUGUUUCAACUUCAGCGGUUGGCAAGACAUGUGAUAGCUCGGAACCCUGCAAAUGUUCAAUGUCAGACGGGACUGGUGAAAUAAACUUACGAAGCUUAGCGAGUACCGAUGGCUUGCCAAAGUUUACCUUACCAACUGGUUAUUGGAAUUAUUCAUACAACCCAUGCGAAGCUUUUAACUCUACGAAAUACACUGGAUUAGCUGUGGUCCAAGUAAAUGCGAACAACCCGAAUGAAGAAUAUGAUUUAGGCGUACAAGCAAACGAGAAGUUUGAAUAUAAAAUCUCCCAAGGAUUAUACGUCGAAUAUCGGGCCAGUGAUUAUUUGAGGACGUCUCGUGUCUACCUAAACUGCGAGCCAACAAAUGUUGAGCAAUUAAUUUUCCUCGGGGAAAGUAUUUCAACUGAAUAUGAAUUUAUCCUAAAUACUCCAUGUGCUUGCCCGGGGUUUUGUGACGAUAAUGGCCUUAUUGAUGGAAUAACCACCGUCACAGUACCGGUCACUGAGCCGCCUACAACCACUGUACCACCAGUGACCACUACACCACCUAUCACCACUACUCCAACCAUAGAUCCUAACUUGCCUCGGUGCGAUCGUACUGGUAUUUGUAGCUGUUCAAUGUCGGAUGGGACCGGCUUAAUCAACUUAAACAGCUUAGCAAGCAAGAACGGUACUCCGGCAUGGACUAUACAAGACUCCUAUGGGUGGCAGUAUGAAUAUAACCCGUGUGUUGGAUUUACAAGUCUGUAUUACACCAACCUAGCUAUUCUUCAAAGCAGUAUCUACAACACAUGGGACGAAUACGACCUGGGGAGUCAGUUAUAUGAAAGUUUCAUCUACAGAGCUGCAGAAGGCGUGUCGGUUGAGUAUUAUGCGCAGGACCAACUAAGAAAAUCAAGAGUAACAUUAGUAUGCGAACCAGAGACAACAGAACAUGAACUGAAAUUCCUGGGAGAGCUAAUUAUAACAGAAUACGAAUUUGUUCUGACUGGGCCGUGUGGAUGUCCGGGGUUGUGCGACGAUAAUGGGCUCUUAUCUCCUGGUACCACCACAACAGCAACUGUUCCAUCUAACACCGAUACAACAACUCCUAAUGGCAAUGUAGGUCCAGAACCUGUUCCUAAACCCGGGGUAAAUUGGGACAUAGUAGGGGCAUCAUUGGUGGCGCUUAUUUUUCAUGAUCUUAUUUUACUAUUCGUCGUGUCUUUUAUAUUAGUUCUGCUCAAAUUCGUUUUCAAUGUUGCGUGUUGUAGUAAUUCUGCUUCAAAGUAUAGCAUGCAAUCAACAGCGUAAACUAAAUGAAUAAUUACAAACGUAAAGUAAUUAAAAUGAAAAAGCAUUUCGGCAAAAAUCAUACGCAAAAUGUCGGAACGAUAAUUUGCAUUAGAUGCACAGUGUGAGAUAGAUACCAUUAACAAAUAAUACCAGGAUUUACCAUCUUACUUUUCUUAGGUUUAAAAUUGUAAGUUUAAUAUGCGCAUGAUAAAUAUAGAUUCGUUCAAUUCUAAUAAACGCCCUUUAAUUUUGAUCAGUUUUGUGCAAUAUGUUUUUGUCCGUGAAUAUUUGUGCUUAUAAAACAAACACUUAACUUGUA